UUGCAUUCCACCCCGCCCAUGAUGAAUAUCAAGUUGGACAAGUCUAACCGCAUGUAUCAUCCAGCGCCCAGUGAAUUCAGAUUCCAGCAACAAUGGCCAUAUCUUCAACAAUAUGCCCCCACGACAAUGCAACGACAAACUUGCCUUGCAAGGAUUGUAUCCCGGAGGCUUCGAUCGACAUCGAGAAAAAGUAUGACUCGGAGCGUGAGAUUCAGCUCAGGUCACGAGAUGUGAUGGGAAAUGUUGAAAUCGAUAUCAAUGAAGGGUUUGAGACUUUUGCACAAGACCCUUGGAUCCGUUCAGUGGCACCGCCCACGGCCUCAGCAGCGAGACUGAUCAAGGAUGCCCACCACAAGGUGCUCAUAAUCGGCGCCGGACAUGCUGGCCUUCUCUUUGCCGUGCGCCUCAUUGAAACAGGAGCUGUUGGCGCAACUGAUAUAGUCCUCGUUGAUAAAGCCGCUGGGUUCGGAGGGACCUGGUACUGGAACCGGUAUCCAGGCAUUAUGUGCGAUACUGAAAGUUACAUCUACAUGCCACUUCUCGAAGAAACCGGUUAUAUGCCUCGCGAUAAAUACGCAUCGGGGGAUGAGAUCAGAAGUCAUACUGAGCGCAUAGCUGGUAAAUGGGGCCUUGCUGAGAGAGCUUUGUUCAGGACAACCGUGCAAGAGCUGUUAUGGGACGAGGGCAACCGACUUUGGAGGGUGUCUGCAACGACUGUAAGAGGGGGGUCAGAGAACGAUCAAACAAACGUCCGCCUCACUGCCGACUUUGCUAUAAUCGCCCAGGGGGUGUUUGCGAGCCCCAAAAUACCCGCAUUCCCAGGUAUAUCCGAAUAUAGUGGCAAGCUUUUUCAUACUGCUCGGUGGGAUUAUGAUUUCACAGGCGGGACACCACAGAACCCGGAAUUGGCCAGACUACGGGAUAAAAAGGUUGCAAUUAUUGGCACUGGAGCUAGUGCGGUGCAAAUAGUUCCUCAUCUCGCAAAGUAUUGUAAGGAACUUCAUGUGUUCCAGCGCACGCCCUCGUCUAUUGAUAAACGCGGAAAUGGCCGUACAGACCCGCUAUGGUGGAAAGACAAAAUCCAGUCCGAGCCCCAGGGGUGGCAGAGAAGAAGGAUGGAGAACUUCAAUGCUUUCACCUGCAAUGAACAACCACCUCCACCAGUCGACAUGGUAGCUGACGGGUGGACAAAGAUGCCUUCUUUCAGUCUCGUUAUAGGAUCACAGCAGAGCCUCAACCCCGACUAUGUUGAACAGAUGCAGGGGGUGGACCAAGUACGGCAGCAAGAGAUACGAGCCCGCGUCAAUGAUACCGUUAAGGACUCAACAUCUGCCGGCCUUCUGGCUCCUUGGUAUCCCGGAUGGUGUAAGCGGCCAUGUUUCCAUGACGACUACCUAUCCUCAUUCAACCAGAUGAACGUUAAGCUGGUUGACAUCCGCGGUAAAGGAAUAAGUCGCUUUACACCGAGUGGGAUUGUAGCAAAUAACACCCACUAUGAAUACGACGCUGUCAUUUUCAGCACCGGCUUCUCUGUCAUUACCACCCGAGCCAGUCCCGGAUCACGCGCUAAUAUAUCUGUCAUCGGCCGGCACGGCCAAACAAUGGAUGACAAAUGGGCAAAUGGUCUGGCAACGUUGCAUGGAGUGAUGACUCGGGAUUUGCCUAACCUCUUCUUUCCCGGAAUGUCCCAGGCUGGGACAUGCGCUAACCAGACAUAUAGCUUGGAUCAGAGUGCCAUUCAUGUUGCCUAUAUUCUCGCCAAGGCCAUAGAGGGCGUAGAGGGCGCAAAGGCUAAGGUGGUUAUAGAACCAACAGGAAAGGCUGAGGAGGACUGGGCCAUGCAGGUUGUCUCGCGAGCGGCGGCUCUCCGAGGACUAGCUGGCUGUACGCCAGGUUAUUUUAACGGGGAUGGGAUGCUUGCUCAACCAAAGAGCGUGGAAGCAUUAAAGAAAGCAGCUCGGAUGGCAAUGUGGGGAGAGGGUAUCGCGAGCUACGUAAGGCAAAUUGAAACAUGGAGGGCAGAGGGGGGCCUCAAGGGGCUCGAUCUGACAUAGCUAGAAUAAAAUGUGCUAUGGGC